AUGGCAGAAACCGAGUCGUCACUCGGUCACUUGGAGACGCACGCGCUUCAUAUCCAUCCAGGUGUUACCAGAAUUGUUGUGAGGGCAAGUCAGUCGCUUCACUUUUCAUUGGAUGAUCUUCAUCCUGAUAUCUGGAGGUUUCGUCUCCCUGAGUCUGUCGUCCCGGAGCUCACCACCGCCGGGGUGGUCGACGGUGUGCUCGUCGUCACUGUUCCUAAGGCUGAACAUGAUGAUGAGAAUAAUACUGCAUCUAUUGAUGGUGGUGGUGCUAGGGUUGUGUUUGCUCAGUAA